AGAUUACUGUACUGUCACCUUACAACACUGUAUUGAAAUGUAAACACAAGCCUGUGGAAGAGGAGAAGAGGUUUAGAUUUAGAACAUGGUUUAUCCAAAAAUUCACGCUAGUGUUUGGCAAUGGAAAAGUGGAAAGUGGAAAGUGUUUGGCAUUUGAUACAAAUAUUUGAUUUUUAGAUGUGUUUAUGAUUUUCAAUGGAGUGUUUCAUUUUGCAGCAGAUAUGUGGCACUUUGCAUUUUUGUGUGCUUUGUGUUUAGUUUUGAAAAAAAUGAGACCUAGUUUAGAAAAUGUGUGAAAAAUGUUAUAUAUAAAUUUACACAGCUGAGGAAAGCAAAAUGAUAUACAUGGAACUAUGCAUUGAAAAAUAGACAGACACAAGAAAAGUAUGAACAAACUUGGAACAUAGCAUCAAUUAUAGUGCAGUGAAUUCACACCACAUACAGUAGGCUAUUAGUGUGUGUGCGUGUGUGUGUGUGUGUGUGUGUGCUUGUGUGUGAUAGGAUGAGGGGAGGGGCCAAACCUGAGCUCUGUGGCUACAGCGUGUGCGCCAGCAGACCACCACCUAUUUUCACUGGCCUCGUCCCGGCUCCUGUACUUUUCAUGUCUACUGAAAAUAACUCCACGGAUCACUACAGAUGCCAUGACAUUGUGGACGUGGAGUCCGGACAGCCCAUCACCUCAGCGGUGAUGUUUUCGGCGGGUGUCGUGGGCAACAUCAUGGCCCUGGUCCUGCUGGAGGUCCGGCGCAGGAGGACCAGCCCGUCCCUGCACCAUGUCCUGGUGACUGCGCUGCUCAUGACGGACCUGCUCGGCUCCGUCUCCGUCAGUCCUGUUGUGCUGUCAGCUUAUGCUCAGGGGAAAACCCUAGUGGGGAUGAGCGCCAACGCGGAGGUGUGCUCCUACUUUGGCUUCAACAUGACCUUCCUGAGCCUCUCCACGUUGGCCAUCCUGUGCGUAAUGGCGCUCGAGCGCUACCUCUCCAUAGGUCACCCUUACUUUUACGAGAGGCACCUGAGCAAACGCUGUGGUUACAUCACUAUUGCGCUCAUCUAUCUGGCCUGCGUCAUUUUCUGCAUCGCCCCCUUCCUGGGUUUUGGUGAAUACGUGCAGUACUGCCCUGGAACCUGGUGCUUCCUGGACAUGAGCCACGCGGAGGUAAAGGGCCAAGUUUACAUCGGAUUUUACGCAUCUUUCAUCCUCAUCGUUACCUCUACCACGGUGGUGUGCAACAUAGCUGUUCUCCUCCUCUUGGUGAUGAUGUACAGGAGGAGAGUGUCUGCGCAUUCUGCGUCAAGAUCCAUGACGGAGGAAGUGGAGCAUCUGCUGCCGCUGGCCACCAUCACUGUGGUCUUCAUUUGCUGCACCCUCCCCUUAGUGCUCCGAGUGUACGUAAACUUAACAGGCAGCCACGAGGAGCGUCACGCCGCUGACCUCAGAGCUCUACGUUUACUGUCAUUCCACUCCAUCCUUAACCCCUGGGUCUUCAUCAUCCUCCGCCCCUCCCUGCUGAAAAUCCUUUGGAGGAAGUUGCACAAACCACAAGAGUCCACAUUAAUGCGAGGGAAGACCCUGAAUGCUCGGUCCAAACAAAGAGGGGGGGGAGGGGGGGCUUGCGGUGCAACCCCAGAAGCCGGAAAAUGAGGAUGACAGUGGACAUGGAUGUGGAUAAGUCUCUGUCUGAGUGUGGAGUGAAGAAAGGCUGAAAAAUAAACAGAGCUGAGCUUGCCACGUCUAAGAUGGCACGGUUUAACAACAGGAAGUGCUCUACAGUCUGUGGGAGUGGGAGGUCAUGUGACUCAGCUACUGUGCACAAAGUCGACUAGUAAAGAUGGGCACCUGCUUUGAGGGGCUGCUGCUUCACUCUAACGUGCGCUGGGUAUCAUGGGGGACAGUUUUGAACCACGUGUAUGAGCUGUGGAGGGAAGUUGCAGAGUUCCUCUCAUCAGAAAAUCAUCAACUGGAAGAUCAAUUUACGGUGCAUUGAUGAUUCACAAACUUGCAAACAUGUCAAUACAUGUACUGUACAUCUAAAUGUAUUUAAGUGGUGUGAUACGCAGACACUGUAGGUGCAAAACAAAGUGCAUGCUUUAUCCAAGAAGAUUACGCUGUGGUCAGUUGGGAGUAACAAAAGAGCUGGGCCCCAUCUCUCCACUAAUCCAGUCCCACCUUGAGCACCUCCAUGUAUAUUUCAGAGACCUUCCCCUGACCUUUUAAACACCCAUCUAAACUGGGUUAGGGACCCCUUUGCCCCUGGUGUAGGUUCUUUGUUUUUUUUUAAUUAUUUUUUGGGGCCUUUUAUGCCUUUAUUGACAGUGCAGGAAAUGGGGAGGCGGAGAGAGGGGGAAUGACAUGCAGCAAAGGGCUGUCAUUCGAAUCGGGUCCAACUGCAGCGAGGACCUUAGCCUCUGCACAUGGUGGCGGAUGCUCAACCAACUGAGCUGCUCGACGCCCCAGGACUUUACCGUUCUGGCUGAAAGGACACUGACCUGCAUUCUCCCCUUUGCAACAGCCUACUUUUGCGAGGCUUUUCAACUUUAAAAGUAUCAACAAAACACAGAGCACAUCUACAUGUGGACAGUGACAUGACAUUAAGGCAGGCUUGACAAACUGUGUAGGAGCCACCAAGCCAAUUCAAUUCAAUAUGCUUUAUUGACAUGAAUUCAGGUGGACAAUAUUGCCAAAGUGUCACAGACAAUAUAAUGAUGAUAUCAGGUGAUCAUAGGCAAAGAGGUUCCUCUAAAUUUUUAACUGUGUACAUUGAAUAUUUACCCACAUGGUUUUGUGACUUCUAAAUGUCAGGUCCUUUCUCAACAUCUGCUUCUGGGAAACAAAGCAUUGUACAGUCUAAUCAUGGAACAAUUUCACAAUGACUGAAGGGAAUGACCUUUUACUUUUCCUAGGAAAACAUGUGUUUGUUGCAUUAUAAAAAAUUAUAAAAAACCACCCUGACAGGUUUUGGAAGAUGUUGUAACUUCCUGAAAUGUAAUAAUAUUGAAGUAGAAAGUUGGAAUGAUGAAUGGAACUGAACUGACUGUUGUACAGGGCUGUACCCCCCCCCCUUUCUUUUAAAAUCUUAUUUAUUUUCAGUAAUUGUUAUUAUUAGUGAUUUUUAUUUAAUUUUACUCAUCAUUGUUUAUUCAUUAUCAUAUAUGCUGUAUCUGUGCACUUAUAUGUGUUGUAUUGUUUGGUGUUGUUCCUUUGCUUAAACAGAUAAUUCAAUAAAGAAAUGUUUGA